UAAUGAUUUUAGGGGGCAGUAGCCAUGGCUUACUCCUUGUACUCCACCAUACCCAAAAAUCCUCUAACCUCAAUCUUCAUUUCCUCUCCCCAUUUCAUCUUCAGUUCUGUUAACAAACACGUCCCUUGUGUAACUUCAUCAAUUUUUCCCGCUCUUCGAGAGUAUUGCACAUGGUCCGUGUCGGUUUCAUCUUCUGUAGCUGAGACAGAUGAACACUUACACCGUCACGCAAGUCCUGGAAUUGUAGCCAAAGAAUAUGCUGACCUUAAUCUCCCUGAAAAAUUUUCUGAGGAUGUUGGCAAUCUUCGAAUAAGGCAGCAUGUCAAUCCUCUGCGACGUGCUCUCAUGAUUCCUGCAGAAGCACCAAACUGGAAGGAGGUGUUUGGGGAUGCAACAUUGUCUCUGAUGGUGGAUAUUGGGAGUGGUAGUGGGAGAUUUCUUAUGUGGCUUGCUAAGAGAAAUUCUUCAUCCAUGAAUUAUCUGGGAUUGGAAAUUCGGCCUAAGUUGGUCACACGGGCUGAGUACUGGGUAAACGAGCUGGGUCUGAAAAAUGUACAUUUCAUCUCUACGAAUGCCAUGGUUUCCUUCCAACGACUUGUAUCUACAUAUCCUGGACCAUUAAUGCUAGUUUCGAUCUUGUGCCCAGAUCCGCACUUCAAGAAAAAACAUCAUAAAAGAAGAGUGCUGCAGAAGCCUUUGGUUGAUUCCAUGCUGAAUAAUUUAGCACAUGGUGGACAGGUCUUUAUACAAUCUGAUGUGCUCGAUGUGGCGCUUGACAUGAGGAAUUAUUUUGACGCUGUACCUGAUAAACUUGUACAUAUAAAUAGUGUUGACCCAAGUUUACCUUGUGAUGGUGAUGGAUGGGUUUUGAACAACCCAAUGGGGAUUAGAACUGAAAGGGAGAUCCAUGCAGAAUAUGAAGGUUGCAAAAUCUACAGAAGGGUCUACAAAAAAGUUCAACAUUAACUCUGGUUCAAAACUUUCUGUUUGGGAAUAUGGAUAACACGAUUUUUCUCUUAGUCUUCUCCAGACUUCAGGCAUUAGAGUUUCUAGGAUCUUUGAAGAGCCCUUCAAUACAUCUAUCUUUGUACAACACGAGCUAAAAGUCACCUACGACACGAGUUAAAUUCAUGGGGCUCGAAGUUACAGGGAGUGACUGUGGUUCCAUCAAGAGGAGGCAUGUAAGCUGCACAUCAUUUGAACAAGAAGAUUCACAAUAUAACUAGGACGACGCUUUGAAACACUUGCUCUCUUUCACUCUCUCUUUUCAUUUCUUCUUCACUCUAUCUUUGUACCAUGGAAUGUUUUGUCUUGAGUGGUAUAUUAGUAGUUUUUUGGCUAACUAGUCAAUGAUACUGGUCAAUCUGUAACAGUUCGUGUUGUUUUCACGUACAAGAGGAACUAAACUUUUAAGUGCAUACUGUUUCAAUUCUCUGAUUUCUUGAAAGGACAAAAAAUAAAGCUUUCAGUGAAGGAUAUUCUAAGGCA